CGAUGUCUUUAGGGGUGAAGUGUUAGACCACAGAGUUGCGUGGUGACCUGAUCAAAAUGAGUGGAAAUCGACACACACUACAGGAACCCGACAUUAAAGAAUAUCUUGUGAAAGGAGACCGAUUCACAAAAUGGAAAGAAGACUCCAAAAAAACGACACCAGUCACCUUGAAAAUGGAUCCAAAGGGAUUUUUCCUUUAUUGGACCAACCAGAGUAAGGACACAGAAUUUUUAGAUGUUGCGACCAUCAGGGACACAAGAUCAGGAAAAUAUGCCAAACUCCCUAAACACCCAAAAGUGCGUAACGUCUUCAACCUGGAUUUUCCUGACAGUCAUCAUCUGGCCAAAGUGCUGACCAUCGUCACAGGCCCAGACAUGGUCAAUCUCACAUAUCACAACUUCUUUGCUGCAAAAGAAGUGGCUCAGACUUGGGCUGAUGACAUCCUUGCUAUUGUAUACAACACACUGAGAGCAAAUGCGUGCCGACAGCUCUUCCUGGAGAAAGUGUAUGUUCGCCUCUCACUACAGACCAACAAGGAUGGAAAGAUUCCUGUUAAAAAUAUCUUAAAGAUGUUUCCUGCUGACAAAAAAAGAGUGGAAUCUGCCCUGGCAGCUGCAAAUCUCCCGAAGGGAAAGUUUGACACCAUUAAGCCAGAUGUGUUCACUGAAGCUGCGUUCAAAACAUUUCUGCUGCAUCUGUGUCCUCGACCAGAAAUAAGUGAAAUCUUCACCUCAUUCACCAAGGGGAAAGGUUUCAUGACAAAGGAAACGCUAGCGAAGUUCUUGAACGAGAAACAGCGAGACUCUCGGCUGAAUGAGGAGCUGUUUCCGCUCGUGAGACCCGAGCAGAUGAAGAAUCUCAUUGAGAAAUAUGAGCCAAGCUCCUCCAAUGCCAGCCGUGGUCAGAUAUCUCCAGAUGGUUUGCUGUUCUAUCUGAUGGGAUCAGAAACAUCUGUCGUGAAAUUGGACAAACUGGCUCAGAGUCACGACAUGACUCAACCCUUAACGCAUUACUUCGUCAAGUCCUCUCACAACACCUAUCUCACAGCGGGUCAGUUAACGGGCGUCUCGUCUCCGGAAAUGUACCGUCAGUGUCUGCUCGCCGGGUGUCGCUGUCUAGAGCUCGACUGCUGGAAGGGCAAACCUCCCGAUGAAGAGCCAAUCAUCACCCAUGGCUUCACCAUGACAACUGAGAUCCUGUUCAAGGAUGUGAUUGAAGCCAUCGCUGAGAGUGCAUUCAAAACGUCCAAUUAUCCAAUUGUGCUAUCAUUUGAAAACCACGUGGAUUCAGUGAAGCAGCAGGAAAAGAUGGCGGAAUACUGCAGGACGAUAUUUGGAGACGCUCUGCUUGUUGAUCUGCUGGACAAAUACCCGCUCAAGCCGGGUCAUCCAGUCCCGAGUCCGUCUGAGCUGAUGGGUAAAAUACUGAUCAAGAAUAAGAAAAGCAGCGCAGCUCCAAACAAAGAUAACGCAAAGAAAUCUGGUACAGAACAGCCACAAGCUGCUGCACAGGGUUCUGAGUCCAAUCAGAGCGAAGAUCCAAACCAGCCCGCUCCAGCAGAAGGCCAGGACGCACCCGCCGCACAAGAGACCCGUGAGGAGCCGACUGAAGAACAGGACGAUCAUGAUGAACAAGACGAGGAGAAGAUGAAGAACUCUGACGAGGGUACAGCUGGACAGGAAGUGACAGCGUAUGAAGAGAUGUCAGCUAUAGUCAACUACGUUCAGCCGAACAAAUUCAUCUCGUUUGAGAACGCAGCGAAAAAGAACAAGAGUUACGUGAUCUCUUCAUUUGUGGAAACCAAAGGAGAAAGUUUAAUUGCUAAGAACGCUGUGGAAUGGGCAGAAUAUAAUAAGAGGCAGAUGAGUCGUAUUUACCCAAAAGGAACCCGUGUGGAUUCUUCAAACUAUAGUCCUCAGCCGUUCUGGACCGCAGGGUGUCAGUUUGUGGCCCUCAACUACCAAACUAUGGAUUUCCCCAUGCAGCUGAACAUGGCUCUAUUUGAGUAUAACGGUCGGACGGGUUACCUGCUCAAACACGACGUCCUGCGGAGAAGUGACAAGAAGUUUGAUCCGUUCGCUGACAGGAUUGACACUGUUAUUGCCAGCACGCUCACAAUUAAGAUCUACUCGGGUCAGUUCCUUUCUGAUAAGAAUGUAAAGACUGGAGUCGAGGUGGAGCUCAUUGGUUUGCCAAAAGACCCCAAAAAGAAGUACCGCACCAAAUGGACCACCACACCAAACGCCAUCAACCCUGAGUGGAACGAGGAGCCGUUCGUCUUCGAGAAGAUCUUGUUGCCGGAAAUGGCCUAUCUCAGACUUGUGGUUCUUGAGGAUGGUGGCAAGUUCUUAGGUCACCGAAUCAUUCCACUCGACGCUCUUCAAACAGGUUUCCAGCACAUUUGUUUGCGCAGUGAGAGUAACAUGCCGCUCAUGCUCCCGUCUCUGUUUGUGCACUUUGAAGUAAAGGACUACAUCCCUGCUGCGUUCGCUGAUUUCACAGAUGCACUUUUCAAUCCAGUGAAGACUUCAAAGCCACCAAAGACAGAGAGUUCAACGUAUGUGUCUGAAUACGAGUUACCUGCUGCAGAUGGAGCCCCACCAGCUGCCACACCCACACCUGUCACAGAAUCAAAGGCUGAGAGUCCAGCAGAGGGCGAUGUUGCACCAGAGGAAAAACCAGAACCAGCCCCUGCCCCAGCUCCAGAACCCCCUAAACCAGAACCAGCUCCAGAACCCCCUAAACCAGAACCAGCCCCAGAACCCCCUAAACCAGAACCAGCUCCAGAACCCCCUAAACCAGAACCAGCCCCAGAACCCCCUAAACCAGAACCAGCCCCAGAACCCCCUAAACCUGAACCAGUGGCAGAACCACCUCAACCUGAACCACAACCAGAAGAGAAACCAGAAGAGCCCGCUCCUGCUGAAGAUAAUAAUGUGACAGAGGUCAAGACCACCGAGUCCAGUCCUGCAGACAAAACCAGUGAGGAAACCCCGUCUGAUCCGUCAGAUCCACCGACUGUGACAUCUGAAGAACUGCAGCAGCAUAAGAACUUCCUGAAGGUCAGCAAGAAACAAGAGAAAGAACUCAAAGACAUGGAGAAGAAGUUUCAGAAGAAACGAGAAGACCUGACACAGAAGUACAGCGAGCAGCUCAAAACCUUGAAGAAGAACUCAGCCAAGAAGUCAGAGGGUUCAGAUCCAGCUGAACAGAUCACUGAACUCAAACAGAAGCUCAAGUCUGAGCUCAGAGCUCUGCUGGUUGACCAGUAUGAUCAACUGAAGAAGAAAAAAGAGCAACUAAAUACUGAGCGUUUGACCAAACUCCUGGAGAUGGCCACAGAGAAACACAGCAGUGAACUGAAGACACUCAGCAGCGAAUUGAAAAAGAAGAGAGAAAAAAUGAAGAAGAGCAAAAGUUCUGAUCAGCUUGACAAUGACGCUCAGCUUGCAGAUUACAACAACCCUGACGGUACACCUCAGGAACAGAAUUUGAAGAAGAGACAGGCCGCAACGCUCGCUAACAUCAGAGACCUGAUCAGUCAGCUCAACAAAACCACUGUGUCAGAGCACGCUAAGAAGAUGUGGUCUCUGCCCAGCGAGCUGUCGGAGUCUGUGAACUCCUGCGUCAAACCUCAUUUCCCCGAACACGCGGACAAGGCCGGAGAAAAAAGCUCUGAACCCGCGGGACAGUACAGCCAAGUUUUUGUAGGAUAAACUCCCUUUAUAUACUUGAGGAGAUCAACAUUAGUAUAGCCUGAUAGCUAACAUGUUAACAUGUUUAUUUUUUACUUUAUACUGUGUUCUUUUCUCUGGCAUUCUUGUCGUAAUACAGUUUAGUACUUUCAUAAAAACAAGUGACAUUAAGUGUGUAAAUUGACCAAAGAAAUAUAUGUAUUGAUCAUCACACAGAAGUCUACAAGAUCAAUCCUACCUUAAGGCUGUAUGUAAUUUACAUAUGAAAUUAUGUUAUUAUUUAAAGGAAUGUUACUUAUUAAGAAAUCAUUUUGACUCGUCCCUCUUUUAUAUAUCACGUUUACAGUGAGACACGUACGAUGGAAGUCAAUGGUGUCAAUCCGUAAACGUUCAAACUUUCACUGUUUCAAAAGUAUUGACACAAGACGUAAACAAUGUGUGUAUAACAUGAUUUUAGUGUGAGACAAUAGCGUACUUUAUCAGUUAAAGUUAUAUUCAGUGUUACAACUUCGUCAACAAAAGCGUGCGAUCCCUGUAUUGGAUAUAACUUUACACAGAUAUGAUUAGUAAGGAAUUUUAUAACACUAAAUUCAUGUUAGCAUGUUUACAUUUUGUGGAUAUACUUUUGAAACCAUGUGCAUUCAUUGGACCUUUAAAGUCCUUUAAAGGUGCUGUAAGCGAUUUUUUUCAUGUAAAGGUAUGCAAAAAAUUAAAUGAGUGUCGUGAGAUAUCUCACUGGUCCCUGACAUCUCUAGACUCUGUAAACAGCAAACAAAAAUUAAUCUGCGUGCCGUGGACAACGACCUGUCAAUCAUUUUGCUCGUUCUCAUAGUCUUGUAGUUGCAGCUAAUUAUUGAGGCUUAAUGCCAUUUUAAUGCCAUGUUGUUCAUAACAUUGUCAGUUGAGGGCGCUGUUUUGCUGCCGUUGGGUUUGACAACCAUUCUGCAUGAUGCCAGUCUUAAUAAAGCUUGUUUGGUAUCUUUGGAGUGCAGGAUUUGGAAAUAGGGGGGCGUGGCUAAUUCAACCGCUGAGUCUCAUGGAAGUAGAAUGGCUAAAAUCGCUAACAGCACCUUUAACUGCUUUCUAUAUAUUUAUAUAAACGAGGUACGAGUCAAAAUAAUUAUGUGUGCUAAUCAGCACAAUGCCACAAAUGCUGUUGAGUGUGUAUUGAUCCAGGAAUAUACCUUUAAGGAAUAACAUUUUCUAAUGGCGUACACCAAAAAAACUUCCUUUUCUGAGAAAUGCACUUUGUAAAAACACUUUAAGAAUAUAGGUUUAAGGGGUAGGUGAUUGUAAUCAAAAUGUAAGCGUUCAAAAACGACCACAGGGAUUUUCAUUAAUCUCAUAUUGAAUUAAAACAGGUGAGGUAAGAUCUUUACUUGAGGGUUAAACUUCAAGAACAACGAUUUUCAAGACUCGAGAAGGUGGGAGUUUGAGAUUGAGCUGUGAAAUUAGUACGUGUGUUUGAACCCUCAGCUCUCCACCGCUUCAUUCUGAUACUCGAACCCUCACAGAGACACAGACAGUGAGUCAAUCCAUCCAUUACUGAUCAACCCACACAUCAUCAUCCUCUCAAUCAUUCAGAUGUUUUGUUAAGCUUGUGUCUUAUAUAAAUCAACAGAGGAAUCAAAUAUACAUAUAUGUAUUUUUUACUUUAUAGUACAAUUUUGGGUAACAAUAGUUUCUGCCAAAAGGUCACAAUUACUGCCAUACUUGUGUAAAAAUGGGUUUUUAAUUUUAGCCGCUAUGAUUCUGAAUGCUUCAAAGCGUCUUAAACAGUUUGAAGGAGAUUAUAUAUUAAUGUAUCAUUAUUUUUACAGUAAUAACACUACACUUCCUCUGCCUCUUGACUCAUUUGUGAUUAACUGCUUGUAUUUUCCCUCAUCUGUAAGUUGCUUUAAUAAAAGUGUAUG